AUGAAAUCGGUUUUUGUUAACGAAGUUACCGAGAACCUAUAUUUUGCAUCGUUUUACGUUGAUGUGCACCAGUUUAUCACUGAUUCCUUACUGUUCAAAUGUAAAAUUGGCGAAGCUUCAUUGUAUAUUGACGAUCGACUUGAAAAUGCAGAGGCUUCAAAAGAGACGCUUCUUUUGCAAGGAGCUUGCGCGAGCUGCAUUGAUCGGAAAUGGUCCGAUGCUUCCGAAUACAUUAUUGCACUGCUUACUCUCCUCAGCGAGACAGGCAAAUUGGUUGAAAUGGAACGGCGGAAGAAGUCACCCGAGAAUGAUAACCUUCCACGGCCUACAUUCGCUCUUAUCAAAAGAGACGAAGUACGAAGGAUUGUGUUCGAUAUCACAUAUCAUAUUUUGUUUCGGAUUUACACGUCGACGACGACAGACCACGACAAUGACCAGUUGCUGGGCGCGCUGCUCGUACUCUCUCAGAUUGACUUCGCAACAAAAGGGCAUCGAUGUUUCAACCGCAUAAUGCGUCAUGUUGAGGCCAAGGUGUGCAGCAGUGUCAAGUUUGCUAUGAAAUAUACAAUGCUGUAG